GAUAAAUUUAAAAAUUAAAUAACUCUUUUAAUAAUAAAAUACAAAUGUUUCUUACCAAACAAAUUAUAUACAAUUUCAGGAAAUAAAUGUCACUAAAUUAUUAGUAAUUGAAGAUCAACUUUGGUAAAAGUUGGCUGGAUUUAACUCUUUUACAUAAAAACAAAAGCAUUUCAAAUGGUGUUUAAGUGCCAAGAAGAUAGCUUUCUUAAGCAGUAUACAUCAACUGUUAUUUCAUGUACCAAGUCAUCUCUUGAUACCACAAAAGAAGGCAAGAAAUCUUCUGUAAAUGGUUACGAAAUUAUACUGAAAGAUACGAUUCUAUUUCCAGAAGGAGGAGGACAACCAUGUGAUUAUGGUUUUUUAAACGAUAAACCUGUCUUCCAAGUAACAAGAAAAGAAGACAAAGCAAUAAUUUUUGUAACUGAACCUUUUAAUGUUGGUGAUUCCGUAGAACAAAAAGUUGAUUGGCCAAGACGUUUUGAUCAUAUGCAACAACAUUCUGGACAACAUUUAAUUACUGCCAUAAUAGAUCGCGAAUUUAAAUUUCCGACAGUUUCUUGGUGGCUUGGAGAAGAAGUAUCUCAUAUAGAAUUAGAUACCCCAUUUAUUACUCCUGAGCAAAUUAGCAGUGCUGAAGAAAUAGUUAAUGAAUUAAUUCGGUCAGGAAAAAAGGUGUCAGUGGAAGUGAUUAAAGAAAGUAACUCAGCUAAUGAAAUAAAAGCAAGAACUAGAGGUUUACCAGAUGAUCAUAAGGGUGAUAUUCGAAUUAUUACCAUUGAAGAUGUGGAAAGUAAUAUGUGCUGUGGCACCCAUGUUACAAAUUUAAGUCAAUUGCAAGUAAUUAAGUUGCUACACUCUGAGAAGAGCAAAAGGAAAAAUAAAACACUACUUUACUUUCUUGUUGGAAACAGAGUGUUAAAAAAAUUAAGUUCUUGCUUGGAAAGAGAAGCAAAAUUAACAACACUACUAAACAAUAAUCCUAAUCAGCACUACGAAUUGGUUGAAAGACUUCAGAAAAACACAAAAUUGAUCAACAAGAAUUUACAGUCUGUUUUAAAAGAACUAGCAAUAGCUGAAGCUCAGAAACUGAAAAAUUCUGUACCACAUCCAAAGUUUUUUAUUCAUUAUAAAAAAGAAGCUGAUGUUGACUACAUUAAUACAUUUUUAAGAGAAAUUAAUGAUACAGAAACAGUAACUUUUUUAUUCUUAGCCGUUGGAGACGAGAAAACAACAGGAAAUAUUGUUUUGUAUGGGCAAGAGUCCGAUGUGCAAAAUUUAGGAAAUCAAAUUUCUAAUAUUUUGGAAGGAAAAGGUGCAGGAAAAGGAAAAAAGUUUCAAGCCAAAGUUACCAAAAUGGCAAAUAUGAAGAAAGCUGAAGAGUUAAUAAAAAAUCAUUUCAAAUAACUUAUUAAAACUUUGGACUUAAGUAUUACACUUUGUAAACAUAUUGUUUAUGAUGUAUUUAAUUCUACAUUUAGUCAGACAUAAUGGUUUUAAUUUUGUUAUAUUGUUACUAAUUUUGAAAGUGUAUUUGUAUGUUCUUCUGCAUUAUGCAUUUAAAAAACUUGAACACUAAAUAAAUAAAUUUAAAAGAAUAAGGUGUUCUUUAACAAAGGAGAUUUUGGAAAAUCACUUUUAUUGAAUUAUUACUUACAUAACUUAAGACCUAAAAACAAUAUUGUUGUCCAUUGUAAUUGUUUUGAAGUGGUCUGCUGUAAAUAAAACAGAGCUUAUUAGACACUAUUAAA